GCGGCCCCCCCCGCUCCCCGCCUGCUCCCGGAGGCCACAGCCUCCCGCUCCGCUCGCUCUCUCGCCGCUCCUGCCGGCUGGCCCGGCCCCGCGCUCCGCUGUCUCCUCACCGCCCGCGCCUCCGCCAGCCCCGGGGACCGCGCGGCCGGAGCCGGAGCCAGGGCCCCCUCCCUCGUCAGGGCCGGGGCAGCGAGCAGGCCGGGGGCAGGUCCGGGCACCCACCAUGCGGGGCGAGCUCUGGCUCCUGGUGCUGGUGUUCAGGGAGGCUGCCCGGGCGCUGAGCCCCCAGCCCGGAGCAGGUCACGAUGAGGGCCCAGGCUCUGGAUGGGCUGCCAAGGGGAUCGUACGGGGCUGGAACCGGAGAGCCCGAGAGAGCCCUGGGCAGGUGUCAGAGCCGGACAGGACCCAGCUGAGCCAGGACCUGGGUGGGGGCACCCUGGCCAUGGACACGCUGCCAGAUAACAGGACCAGGGUGGUGGAGGACAACCACAGUUAUUAUGUGUCCCGUCUCUAUGGCCCCAGUGAGCCCCGCAGCCGGCAACUGUGGGUAGAUGUGGCCGAGGCCAACCGGAGCCAAGUGAAGAUCCACACAAUACUCUCCAACACCCACCGGCAGGCUUCGAGAGUGGUCUUGUCCUUUGAUUUCCCUUUCUACGGGCAUCUUCUGCGGCAGAUCACCAUAGCAACUGGAGGCUUCAUCUUCAUGGGGGAUGUGAUCCAUCGGAUGCUCACAGCUACUCAGUAUGUGGCGCCCCUGAUGGCCAACUUCAACCCUGGCUACUCCGACAACUCCACAGUUGUGUACUUUGACAAUGGGACAGUCUUUGUGGUUCAGUGGGACCAUGUCUAUCUCCAAGGCUGGGAAGACAGGGGCAGUUUCACCUUCCAGGCAGCUCUGCACCGUGACGGCCGCAUUGUCUUCGGCUAUAAAGAGAUCCCUAUGUCUGUCCCGGAAAUCAGCUCCUCCCAGCAUCCUGUCAAAACCGGCCUAUCGGACGCCUUCAUGAUUCUCAAUCCAUCCCCGGAUGUGCCAGAAUCUCGGCGAAGGAGCAUCUUUGAAUACCACCGCAUAGAGCUGGACCCCAGCAAGAUCACCAGCAUGUCGGCCGUGGAGUUCACCCCAUUGCCGACCUGCCUACAGCAUAGGAGCUGUGACGCCUGCCUGUCCUCGGACCUGUCCUUCAACUGCAGCUGGUGCCAUGUCCUCCAGAGAUGCUCCAGUGGCUUUGACCGCUAUCGCCAGGAAUGGAUGGACUAUGGCUGUGCACAGGAGGCAGAGGGCAGGACGUGCGAGGACUUCCAGGAUGAGUACCACAACUCAGCCUCCCCUGACACUCCCUUCAGCCCCUAUGAUGGAGACCUCACCACUACCUCCUCCUCCCUCUUCAUCGACAGCCUCACCACAGAAGAUGACACCAAGUCGAAUCCCUAUGCAGGAGGAGAUGGCCUUCAGAACAACCUGUCCCCCAAGACAAAGGGCACCCCUGUGCACCUGGGCACCAUCGUGGGCAUUGUGCUGGCAGUCCUCCUCGUGGCGGCCAUCAUCCUGGCUGGAAUUUACAUCAAUGGCCACCCCACAUCCAACGCUGCGCUCUUCUUCAUCGAGCGUAGACCUCACCACUGGCCAGCCAUGAAGUUUCGCAGCCACCCCGACCAUUCCACCUAUGCAGAGGUGGAGCCCUCGGGCCAUGAGAAGGAGGGCUUCAUGGAGGCUGAGCAGUGCUGAGAACACCAGGUCUCCCUUGUGAAGACUCUGAGACCACAGAAAAGACAGUUAAAGCAAAGAAGAAAAAUGACUUUUCCUGGCCUUUCCCAGCAUGCCCUGGGCUGAGAUGAGAUGGUGGUUUAUGGCUCCAGAGCUGCUGCUCGCUUCGUCAGCACGCCCCGGAUGUUGAAGAGGGGGCCAAAAAACAACCACAUGGAUUUUUUAUAGGAACAAUAAUCUAAUCUCAUCCUGUUUUGAUGCAAGGGUUCUCUUCUGGGUAUUGUAACCAUGAAACAGCAGAAGAACUAACAUAACUAACUCCAUUUUUGUUUAAGGGGCCUUUACCUAUUCCUGCACCUAGGCUAGGAUAACUUUAGAGCACUGAGAUAAAACGCAAAAACAGCAACCAUGCCAUUUGCAAAACUAACUCUGGGAUUAAAGGGGAAGCAUGUAAACAGCUAACUAUUUUUGUUAAAGAUUUAUAGGAACGAGGAGGAGGUUUGGCUGUUGUCACAUGAGAGACUGUUAGCCAACGACAAGGAAGUUCCGCAAACCUUCCCUGGACCCUUGCUGGUGUCCAGAUGUCUGCGGUUGUCAGCCCCUUCCUUUCCCCCGACCUAAACAGAAAAGACAAGGCAAAACCCACAUAAUUUUAAGACAGUUCUUUAGGACAUUAGUCCACCAUCUUCUUGGUUUGCUGGCUCUCCGAAAUAAAAUACCUUUCCUUGCUCCAA